AUGCCUGCGUUUCGACAAGUGGGGGAGAAACAGCUCCCCAACCCUGUGCUGUGCAUGGCAUGGUCUCCUAAAAGAGAUCUAAUUGCCUUGGCCAACACUAGUGGAGAGCUGCUCCUCCACCGCUUGGCCAGUAUUCAGCGAGUUUGGAGUUUACCACCAAGUGAAUACACAGGGAAGGACAUUACUGCGUUGGCCUGGAGACCUGAUGGAAAAAUUCUGGCAUUCAGUCUUGGUGACACAAAACAGGUGGUCCUCUGUGGUGUAGAAAAGGCAGAGAUCCUACAUGUGUUUCCCAUACAGAGCCCAGUGACCUGCAUGCACUGGAUGGAGGUGACAGAAGAAAACAGUGCAUUGACUGCCUUUUACAACUCAGAGGAUGAAUCUGUACUGUUUUUGCCAAAGCUGCCAUCACUUCCAAAGAGCUAUAGCACAACAUCAAAAAUAUUCAGUGAGGAAAAGUCAGACGAAAUUACAAAUCUUUUGGGAGAAGUCAGGCUCAACAUACUUGUUCUGGGAGGUGACAAUGGCUCUGUUGAGCUUUAUGCCUAUGGGAUGUACAAGAUUGCCACUGUCACUGGAAUUUCUGGAACAUGCUGUAGCCUCAGUCUGUCCAGUGAUCUCAAAUCUCUGUCCAUCAUCACAGAGGUGAAAUCGGCCGGUAACAACUCUGAGAUGUGUUAUUGCCAGCUGGACACAGGGCUGCUGUCUGACUGCCUGCCGGAGGUGACUAGAAUGGCUCGCAAGUUCACCCAUAUUUCCACACUGCUUCAGUAUCUGCACCUCUCGCUCACCUGCAUGUGCGAAGCCUGGGACGACAUAUUGAUGCAAAUGGAUCAUCGCCUCACCAAAUUUGUGCAGGAAAAGAACACAAGUACUAAGGUUCAUGAUGAGUUUCUGGAGCUUUUGCUGUGGGGGCAGUCAAGCCCUGAACUCCAAGCGCUCCUUGUGAACCAACUCACAGUCAAGGGAUUAAAGAAGCUUGGGAUGUCCAUUGAGUCUUCCUACUCCAGUAUUCAAAAGCUUGUCAUUAGCCAUUUACUAAGCGGCUCGGAGGCACUGUUGUACCACCUCAGUGAAGUGAAAGGCAUGUCUCUUUGGAAGCAGAAGUUUGAGCCUCUUGGUUUGGACGCAGCUGCUGUAGAAGGUGCAAUUACAGCUGUGGGCUCAUUCUCAUUAAAAGCCAAUGAACUUCUACAGGUCAUUGAUAAAAGUAUGAAAAACUUUGCAGCGUUCUUUCGUUGGCUGUAUGUAGCAAUGCUCAGAAUGUGUGACGAGCAUGUGCCUCCUGAGCUCAAUAAGAUGACUCAGAAGGACAUCACUUUUGUUUCGGAUUUCCUGUCAGAGCAUUUCAGUGAGAAUAAAGAGCUCUUCUAUCGAAAAGGGAAGUACUUUAACGUUGAAAGAGUCGGCCAGUACUUGAAAGAUGAAGAGGAGGACCUUGUGUCUCCACCAAACAACAAGGGAAACCAGUGGCUCAAGUUUUUACAAGAGACCACGCAUUUGAAAGAAAGCACAUUGUUGUUUCCCACCUAUCCCCACAAGUCUCUGCACUUUGUGAAGAGAAUGAUGGAAGGAGUCAUUGAGCAAUGCUUACAGAAACCAGCGGAGGUAAUAGGAAAGUCCAUUCACCAGGCUGUUUGUUUACCUCUUUACACGGUGCCAGAAAGUGCGGAACACGCCCCUCGUUUGUUUAAGCUUCCAUCUUUGUGGAACGACAAGAAAGCCAAGAUUCACAAUAUUGUUUUCAGUAUGCCAGAAAUUUCACCGUCCAAACUUUACCUUUUACGAAGAGCAACAGACCCAUGCAGAACCAUUAAAAACAAUGUGAUAUCCAUUGACCUCCGCAACCUACUGGAGAACAUGGACGAUGACAACGACACUGCACAUCAUGUGUACAGUUGCCUGGACGCUCGUUUCUAUGACGAUGAAAUGUUAACCAUCGUCUUGCAAGAAAGCAGUCGAUGCAUUCUGGCUCAGCUGCCUCUAACUUCAGCAUUGAGCUGUGACACAGAGUUUAUAUGGGAACCCAACAAGAAGUUGGAUCAGCAAACCAAUGAAAUCCCAUGUCAAGGGGUGGUAUUGGGAAAUCAGUGGCGGGAACUUGAAAACAUAAAGGCUCAGUUUGUUGCAGUGAAUGGAAUCCGUAAAGUUGCCUGCGUGCUGAGUGCAAAUCUGAGGCACAUUCGGGUUUUUGAGAUGGAUGUUGAAGAUGAGGAUGACGAAGGAGCUGACUCUCAGAACGUGACCGCUGAACAAGACAUCCUAGAGACGACCAUGUCCAGCCUGGGGCAAGAGGAGGAGGGUCUCACUGCCAAGAAUCCAACUGGAGAGGGCAGAGAUCACAGUUCAGAGGACAAACUCGAAUCGGAAGAAUCACUGGAACUUUCCUAG